AUUAAAAGGUUUGUUAAUACUUUUCAAAAAUAAUUGUCUUUUUAUGAAUGAUUACUUUUAGUUAUGCAACUCUGCGGUCCAUCGAUGUUAUGACCUUCAAAUGAUAUGGUGCUGUCGUAAUAAUUUCGAUGUUAUUGUACAUUUACGAUGCUUAAUAACAGAAAAUAUAAACUUAAUGAUUAAAACUUUUUAAAUAUUAUAGAUAUAAUUCGUAUAGGAAGAAAACCAAAUAAACGUGGUUAGAGUUUCUUAUUAUGUUUCCAAUAAAUUGAACUACGUUAGUCAAACAGCCUUGGGUGGCCGUGGACCGCAAAAUUUGAAUCAUAUUUAACCCGCGAUUUCAAAUCAUUAUGUUGUUUAUUGUCGAAUGAAUAUUUAUAGCUCAUUGUGUUAACUAUUCUUUGAUGUUGAAAACUUGUAACAGGAAGAAUUGUGGGCCCCCCAAUCUGACCGAAUAUAUACCCGUACUACUACUACUAAAUUUAGGUCAUAUUAUCCACUUGUGAUACCCACGAAUAUAAUACCCCCCAGUCGUUUAAGCGUAUGUACUUAAUUCUCAUUGUUCGCUUAACGAGAAAAUUGUCGCAACGGCACAAACUUAAUGUAUGUAAUAACGCCAAACCACACAAGAGCUUUUGGAUUAUUCUGGGGCUUGGAAUACAUGUUAGUACGUCUUUGCCAAAGGAUGGAUUAGGUUUCCUCCAUAAUUUGAAGUUUAGUGAUUUGACAAUGUUACAAGAAUUCGGUUCACUUUAUUGUCAAUUGGUCAAACAUUGUUUAGUUAUUAAUAUUCAAGAAUAAUAUCUAAUCUUUUGUCAAGAAAAUUAACAAAUUUUGAAGACAAUUGUAAAAUUGAUAAUUCAUCAGAAAUAUGAGUAUUGUUAUUUAAUUAAAAAUAAUAUUUAUGAACAAAAAGUUGUUGUUAAAGUAAAAGGAGUACAAUUUUGAUCAAAAUUAAUGUAACUACGUAUUAAAGAUCAUCUUUCUGUGAGUAAAAAAAAAAAGAAAAGAAAUUUAUUGGAGCGCGCAGAAAUAUCAAAAGGACGUUAUUAAACUAUAUAAAUACUGUCCUGAUAAAAGAUGACUUCGGAGGACAGUUCGGAUGAACUGUUGACAAAAUGGGUUCAAGAAAUCCCGACAGUUCAAGAAAUUAACAAGUCCAUGCAAACCUUUGCUAUUCCGGAUUAUACCGUUUUCGUCUUAAUGCUUUCAGCUUCUGCUUUCGUUGGUAUUUAUUUUGGUUUCGUAAAAAAGAUUUCAGGAGAGGAUGAAUAUUUGGUCGGCGGUAGAAACAUGAAAGCAUUUCCAAUUGGUUUGAGUUUAAUAGCCAGUUUUAUAUCAGGUAUAUCUUUAUUGAGUAUACCAACUGAGGUUUAUGUUUAUGGUACUAGUUAUCUUUUCAUUUCUUUUGGAUUGAUUUUUGCUGGCCUUAUCAUGUCAAAAAUAUUUCUACCUGUUUAUCAUGAUUUAAAACUCACUAGCACGUACGAGUAUCUUGAAAGACGUUUCGAUAAAAGAACACGAUUAUUAGGAUCUAUCCUCUUUUCCAUCAGUAUGAUAGUCUAUCUACCCAUUGUUAUCUAUGUACCAGCAUUAGCUUUAAAUCAAGUGACUGGAAUUAAUGUCCAUAUCAUCACACCUUUUGUAUGCAUCAUCUGUAUUUUUUAUACUUGUAUGGGUGGAUUAAAAGCAGUGGUCUGGGCUGAUUUUAUUCAAGCUUUCGUAAUGUUUGGAUCGAUGCUUUUGAUCGUGAUCAAAGGCACUUCAGAUGUAAAUGGAUUAUCGGUUGUAUUAGAAAGAAAUCGGGAUUCUGAUAGACUCGAAUUUCCAGCUUUAGAUUGGAGUCCUAUGACGAGACAUACAGUUUGGUCGCUUAUAAUUGGAGGAUUUGUUCAAUGGUUGCAAUCUUUGGCAAACAGUCAAAGCAUAAUUCAACUUUUUCUCGCACUACCUACUUUGCAAACGGCUAGAAGGGCACUCUGGUGUUUUAUUAUUGGAGUUUCGUUAAUCGUGGGAACGUGUGGAUAUGCAGGAUUGUUAAUAUAUGCUUGGUAUUAUAAAUGUGAUCCUCUGACCACGAAAUUGGCUGGUACAAAGGAUCAACUUUUACCUCUUUUAGUUAUGAACGUUUUGGGAGAUUAUCCUGGAUUACCUGGUUUAUUUGUUGCUGGAGUAUUCAGUGCUGCUCUCAGUUCUUUAUCAACUGGUUUGAACUCUAUGGCAGCGGUCGUAUUAGAAGACUUUAUUAAACCAUUUCGUAAGACAGGAUUCACUCCUAGAAUCACUGAUAUUAUUAUAAAAUGUAUAAUUAUUAUCACAGGAAUAAUUUGUGUGGCUCUUGCUUUUGUCGUCGAAAAAACUGGAUCGCAUGUUUUGCAGUUAACUGUCAGUCUAAAUUCUAUCACAAAUGGUCCAUCUCUUGGUAUUUUUACUAUGGGGGUUCUAAUGCCUUGGGUAAAUGCAAAGGGUGCUCUCAUUGGUGGUUUAGCUGGUUGUGGUUUUAUGAGUUGGAUCACUCUAACAGCUCAAACAGCUAUAGCUACUGGAAGAAUGAAAUUCGAUGAAAAACCUGUUAGCAUUGAAGAAUGUACGUAUUCAUUUCCUCAAGUAGAAAAUCUCUUUUUAUUUACACCUUCUGAAACAAUAUUGAACGAAGAAGACAAGAAUUUAUUUCCGGAGCUAUCGGCAUUGUAUCGUAUCAGUUAUUUAUGGUAUACCGUAAUUGGUACUUUGGUUACCUUGAGUAUUGGUCUCAUAGUAAGUAUUAUUUCUUCCGAGGACGUUAACAAAUUAGAUCCUAUGUUAUUAGCUCCAUUCAUAAGAAAGUUCCUGAGAUCUUCUAACAAAGAUUUACAACAAACACAGAAUACAAAAACCAAUCUCAAAGUUGAAGAACAAGUGGAUACUGAAGAUGAUAAAAUAUUGGCAGUGUCAUCGAUAUGAACAAUGAUUUAGUUAUUUAAGAUUUAUUUA